AUGCCUGAUAAAACAUUUGCCGAAAAAGGGAAAGAAUGCAAAGGGGGAAAAUUAGCUAAAGAAAGAAUAACAGUCAUGAUGUGUUGUAGUUGUACUGGAGAAAAACUAAAACCGUUAGUUAUUGGUAAAGCCCGCAAGCCCCGUUGUUUUGGCAGUCUUGACCCGUCAAAACUUCCCGUUAUUUGGCGCUCAAACAAAAAAUCAUGGAUGACCGGGGAAACGUUUAAGGACUGGAUAUUCGGUGUAAAUAAAGAAAUGAAAAGACAAAGCAGAAAAAUUCUUCUUUUUCUGGAUAAUGCCACAUCUCACCCACAUGAUUUAAAAUUAAGAAAUAUAACUCUGAAAUAUUUUCCACCGAAUACAACAUCCAAGUUACAACCUCUUGAUCUGGGGAUCAUACGUGCGUUUAAGGCUCGUUAUAGGAAACGUAUGACGGGACAUCUCUUAUCAAAAAUGGACACAUGUAAAACUGCUGCGGAAUUGACAAGAAAUGUCAGUGUACUUGAUGCAAUACACUGGAUCAACAAGGCAUGGGAUGAGACAAAACAAACCACAAUUGAAAGUUGUUUCCGCGACGCAGGUUUCCCGGUUGAAAUUACCGAAUCUUCAUCAUCUGAGAUUUCUGACGAUGACGACGACGAUGAUCUACCUUUAAGCAUCUUAAAAACGAAAUAUGAAAUGGCGGACGAAAACAACUUGGACAUAAUAACAGAGACGGAAAAUGACUUGGAAACAGAAGAGACGUAUGAUGGAGACUGGGAAACAAAGAUAUUGUCUGAAUAUAAAAACGACAAUACAAAAAAUGCAAGCAGUGAUUCUGAAGAUUCCGGUGAUGAAAUUAUUCAGACUGAUCUGACCUAUAACAAUGUUCUUGACAUGCUCAAAGAAAUGGGCAAAUUUGCAAUUGCUAAGGACGCCCGAUAUUUCGAAAGCAUCCAGUAUCUUACAACUCUGACGGAAGAGACUUUAAUUAAACAGCGACUUAACAAAAAACAGACAACAAUUGACACUUUUUUCACCAAACCUCAGGAACUGUAA